GUUCCUUGUUGAACAUGGGGGCGGUGAAAAGUUUCAUAAUUUUGUGUUUUUGUUUGUUGGCUGUGCAAGAUGCAUUAUGCCGACGCCAGGUCCGUCUCAGUCACCACGGGAAGAUAGUUGGCGGCUACAACACGACAAUCGAGAACUUUCCAUACCAAGUAUAUCUGUUACUACGAAGAGGCACAGAUUACUUCCAAUGUGGAGGGUCCAUACUCAACGAUCAGAAUAUUCUGACAGCUGCUCACUGCUUGGCGGGAAUGCAAGAAGUCUUCGUUAGAGCGGGUAGCACAAAUUCUGACGAGGGUGGAACAAUGUAUUCCACAACCAGUUUCUCCCAGCAUCCACGGUAUAACGCAAGGACCAGUGACUAUGACGUCGGUGUGGUGACGCUUCGUCAGCGGAUCCCACUGGAUGGUACUAAUAUGAAAGCUGUGACGCUUGUGUCUAGAGGGGCUAGUGUUCCUGCAGGAGAUAAUGUCACUGUAUCGGGCUGGGGAGCUACUUCCGAAAACGGUCCAACAAGCAAGAAUUUGAUGGCAGUUCAAGUGCCGGUCGUGUCCAAUGCUGAUUGCAAAACAACGUAUGGGAAAAGCAUUACGUCUAGAAUGUUCUGUGCCGGUGUUCCGGAGGGCGGCAAAGAUUCUUGUCAGGGAGAUUCAGGAGGACCAGUUGUAUUUUCAUCGUCAGAAAAACAAGCUGGAGUCGUGUCAUUUGGUAUUGGUUGCGCUCGAGAGGGCACACCGGGUGUCUAUAGUAACUUAGCUAACUCCGCCAUCCGAACAUGGAUAAAACUUCGGACUGGAGUUUAAUUCAUAGUAAUAUAGUGCAUUAGGGUUAUUGUAAAUGAAGGGUUAUGUCGAAUUUUUGUGAAUUUUACUAAAAAGAUUCUUUUGAUUGUGUACGUUGAUGGAAAAAAUGGUUUGAUUUUAUAACAUUCAUAUACUUUAUAAUAAAAGUCUAAAAUUAUUUAGACUAUUGGUAUAUCCCGCCAUUCGCAAUUAUCCUAAAGUCCUAUAUACGAAUAUAGACAAAUUAUACGUCCUGGCACAUGACCUCGGCAUUUAGGUAAAUUAGGCACUUGUUAUGGCACUGUUUACUCAUUGCACGUUUGUUUUAUGAAAUAAAUGUUACGUUGAAUA